AUGGCCAUGAUCAUCAUAAGCUGCAGGUUUCUUGUAAUUUCACUGAUGAUUGCCUCAUCACUCCUCAUCGAUCAAACCACCAAACUAGUACUCGCUGAUGGAGUCGUUGAUGAUGCGUUUUGCGACCCGAAGUGUAAAGUGAGGUGCUCGAAAGCAGGGAGGAUGGAUAGGUGUCUUGAGUACUGUGGCAUAUGCUGUAGAGAUUGCCAUUGUGUUCCUUCAGGAACCUUUGGUAAUAAGGAUGAGUGCCCUUGUUAUAGAGACAAGAAGAACUCCAAGGGACAGUCCAAGUGCCCUUAACUCCAU